AUGGAUAAGGAAUGGGCUGGACGAUUGCACUCAAAAAGUUGCAGUCAACGGCUUGAUGUUCGAGUGGAGACCAGUGAUGAGUGGUGUUCUUCAGGGAUCGCAGAUAAAUCAAAGUCAUCUCAAACUGAACAGGAGAAAAACAAUCAAAAUUCAGAGGCUGAAAUCCAGGAAGAGAUGAUUGACUUGGCCAGGGACAAGGUGCUACACAGAAUUUCAGGCUUUCUAGAUGCAUGGCCAAAAUUAGAGAAAUGGUUUUCUGUCCAUCGAAAUGUUCUAGUAAAAGUUGAUGCAGAAAGAGAAGAAAAUCUUGUAUGUGAAACAGUGAAGGAAAUUAUAAUGGAAGUAAUUGCUAAGAACCAGAAUAGAAGGUCUGCUCAAGAAACACUACCAGGAAAAGAGCUUGUACCAGUUAUACCUCAAGAUCUGCUUCCUCCUAUUCCUAUGACAGCACCACCAAUUGAACGAGGAUCAGAUGAACAGAUUUAUGUAGAUGAACCACUUCCCAAGGAGAUACCUGAUUUUUUAGUACCUUACUGGGAAAUGGUAGAAAAUACAUAUAUGAAUACCAUCAAAACUAUACUUAGACAUCUAAGGGAUGAAGAACACUCUGUGAUUUCUUACAUAGCAGACAUUAGAAAAAAAUUCCAAGAUUAUUUGAAGACUCCAGAUCAUAAACAGGAGUUUGUAUCUCAGUGGCAAUCAGAGUUUAAUUCAGUUGCUGAUGACCUGCGAGAAGAUGAGGAAACAAAAGCAGAACUACACCAAAGAGUUACUGACCUAAGAGAUCAUCUCUGGGAUAUCUGUGAUAACAGAAGGAAAGAAGCAGAGCAAGAACGUAGUGAUAUCGUGAAUGAUGGCUGGGUACAAGAUCACAGGGGGAUUGCAAUGAACCAUUUCUUUUCACUUAUGCAGGUUGAAGUGGAUCGUUUCCAAGAUACAAAGAGAAUUCUUCAUGACUAUUACAGGGCAAUGGAAGGAAAAAUCCCAACCCACGACUGUCAAGAUUUUACUAGAAUCCCAUUGUUAGAUAUUAUUGAUGUAGAGCAGAAAGAAGAUCAAAGCAAAUCAAGAAGGAUUCCUCUUGUUUCUUGGAAACUGCCUUCACCAGAAAUAAAUAUUAGCAAGUCAAAGGCCAAGGGAACUGUACAGAAGAGGGCUAAGGAUGAGAAUUCAGAAAAGGGAGUGGCCACUUCUGGGAAUGAUGAGAAUCUUAUUACUGAUACAUGGCAAACAGCAGUAACAGCAGUAUCAAAUAUGGUAACGGCUGAAAUACGGUCUAAAGAAAUGGAGGAAGAAAGAGAACAUCAUUACUCAGCACUGAAGGCAGAUCUGAAAUCUUCGCAGACACUGUCAGGCAAAGCUACUGGGAAAGAUAACAAAGAGGGAAAAAAGCUUCCUGCUAAAUCAGUUGCUAAAAACAAAGGGUCACCUGCCACAUCUGUGGCUGAAGACAGUCCAGUUCCUAUAGCCCAAGAGGAAUUAAAGAAACAAGAACUGGCACUUAAAAUAAAGCAAGAAUAUUUCAGUGCCUUGAAACAUGAAGAAGUAGCUGCAAAAUCUCGACUGGAACUUAUAAAAGAAAAAGCUUUAGCAUUUGUUAAAGAAUUUACAAUGAAAACAGAAGAGGCCUAUAGAGACAUGGAAAAAUGGCUUGGAUCCAGGUUCUUGGCCGAAAUGUCCAGUGUUGAAAAGCUGGUUGAGGUUGCACGACAUCAUGUUGAGAGUUCUAGCAAAAUAGUGUACAAAGUUACUUUAGAAGAAACAGAUUUCUUCAUCAGCAGUGAUGAAAAAGUGAUUCCUGAACCUGUUCCUUCAUCACAUGUUCCACAGACAGGGACGUCUGGAAGUGGUACUCUAACUAUUUCACAGCUUACUACACUUCAUAAGCAGUUUCUACAGGUGGCACCCAAAGGUUUUAUACCAAAAAAAAUAUUUAUUGACAUUUUUGUUGACCUGAUUAAUUUAAAUCUGGGAACAAAUUGCCUUCCUGAUGCAUGGAUGAAUUUAACACUUCCAGAUUUAGAAAAUCUGGCAUCAGCAUUCACAGUGCACUCAGGCCUUACUGACUGGCGCAGAUUCUUGCUAUCAGCAGCACAGCCUUGGCCAGUUCCAUCUGUGACUCAACUUCUCAACGUGCUGCAUAGCUUCAAGUCUGUUGAUGUAGCUGGAUCAGGCUUUGUUACACAGGAAUACUACAUGCAGGUUGGCUUAUGGUUUAAUGGGAAUGAAGAUCUAAGCGUAACGAAAAGUUUCACAGAACCAUUGCCUUCAGAUAGGCUAAGACAUCUCAUAAAGUUUUUCUUCAAUUUAUUUGCUGAUACCAGCAACGAGCCUGCUCUGAUCAACUACCCUGAGAUGCUACUUUAUUUUGCCUCCCACUCUGACCCAGUUGAAGGUGUUUACAGAGCACUUAGCAUUGCUACUGGAACAUAUAUUCAUAGAAAAGAAGAAGCUUCUCUUCCACGUGAGGAUUUUUCUUAUACCAACAUAGGGGCAACUGAGAAAACUUCAACAGAAGAUGAAAAAGAAGUCUUGAAUUACACAGGUGAAGGAAUAAUUUCAGUGGCAAAUCUGCUCAAAGUGUUUCAUACUGCAGGAAGUAAAGAUGAAGACAACCAUAGGUUUAGUAAUCAGAAGAAGGAAGGCAGCUAUGAAAAGUUAAAGCAUUUCAUUAAAAUAUACAAAGAAUUAGGCACUGAAGAUCUGACACCAAUUCCAGUUGCACUCCUUUUGAAGCACCCUUUUAUUCAAGACUUGAUCAACAGCUGUCAAGAAUACGAGCUUCCUAAUAUUAACACCUUUCUACAAAGAUCUGAACAAGUACAGUCAACUGAUGGAAAACCCACCACAUGUAAAGACAUCAAUGCAUGA